GCGCGCGGGCGGCGCGGCCGAAGUUUCUCCGCCUGCCUCGUCCCGCGAGCCAGAGCCACCCCGCAGCUCUGGGAAAAGACAGACGGGAACAAACUGCAGAACACACUGAAAAAUAAUUCUCAAGCCAGCCCGAGGCACAGGGCGCAGGUCUGCGCUCUUCCAGGCUCGGCGAGGCUGUGCUAUGACCGCAGUACCCUCAGGGAGCCAGGACUGCCCCUCGCAGCUGCACCAGGUUCCCGCGGCGCCCUGCCUGGCCCUGGCCCCGAGUCGCCAUGGGCAGUGUCAGUAGCCUCAUCUCGGGCCAUGGCUUCCACAGCAAGCACUGCCGAGCCUCGCAGUACAAGCUGCGCAAAUCCUCCCACCUCAAGAAACUCAACCGGUACUCGGACGGGCUGCUCAGAUUCGGCUUCUCCCAGGACUCGGGUCAUGGCAAGUCCAGCUCCAAAAUGGGAAAGAGUGAAGACUUUUUCUACAUCAAAGUCAGUCAGAAGGCCCGGGGCUCCCACCACCCUGAUUAUACUGCACUGUCCAGUGGAGACUUAGGGGGCCAAGCUGGGGUGGACUUUGGCCCGUCUACCCCACCCAAGCUCAUGCCCUUUUCCAAUCAGCUAGAAAUGGCCUCCGAGAAGGGUGCCGUGCGGCCUACAGCCUUCAAGCCGGUGCUGCCUCGAUCAGGAGCAGUCCUGCAUGCCUCCCCCGAGAGUACCAGCCACCAGCUGCACCCCGCCGCUCCAGACAAGCCCAAGGAGCAGGAGCUGAAGCCCGGCCUGUGCUCUGGGGCUCUUUCUGAUUCCGGCCGCAACUCCAUGUCCAGCCUGCCCACACACAGCACCAGCAGCAGCUACCAGCUGGACCCUCUGGUCACAGCUGUGGGUCCCGCCAGCCGUUUCGGGGGCUCGGCCCACAACAUCACCCAGGGCAUCCUCCUCCAGGACAGCAACAUGAUGAGCCUGAAGGCGCUGUCCUUCUCGGAUGGGGGCAGCAAGCUGGCCCACCCAGGCAAGGCAGACAGGGGCUCCUCGUGCGUGCGCUCGCCCAUCUCCACGGACGAGUGCACCAUCCAGGAGCUGGAGCACAAGCUGCUGGAGAGGGAGGGCGAGCUGCAGAAGCUGCGGCGCAGCUUUGAGGAGAAGGAGCUGGCCUCCAGCCAGGCCUACGAGGAGCGGCAGUGGCGCUACCAGGAGGAGCUGGAGGGCCCCGAGCAGAAGUGCAGCAGCAAGCUGAAGGCGGCCUCGCAGAAGAGCCAGCGCACACAGCAGGUGCUGCACCUGCAGGUGCUCCAGCUCCAGCAAGAGAAGCGGCAGCUCCGGCAGGAGCUUGAGAGCCUCAUGAAGGAGCAGGACCUGCUGGAGACCAAGCUGCGGUCCUACGAGAAGGAGAAGACCAGCUUCGCCCCCGCGCUGGAAGAGACCCAGUGGGAGGUGUGCCAGAAGUCAGGGGAGAUCUCUCUCCUGAAGCAGCAGCUGAAGGAGUCCCAGAUGGAGGUCAACGCCAAGGCCAGUGAGAUCCUCAGUCUGAAGGCGCAGCUGAAGGACACGCGGGGCAAGCUGGAGGGCAUGGAGAUGAAGACGCAGGAUUUGGAGAGCACUCUGCGCACCAAGGGCCUGGAGCUGGAGGUCUGCGAGAACGAGCUGCAGCGCAAGAAGAACGAGUCCGAGCUCCUGCGGGAGAAGGUGAACCUGCUGGAGCAGGAGCUGCUGGAGCUGCGGGCCCAGGCCGCCCUGCAGCGGGACUGCGUGUCCCGGGGGCCCGGGCUGGGAGCCGGGCCAGCGCCCACCUUCUCUGAGGACAUCCCCGCCCUGCAGCGGGAGUUGGAGAGGCUGCGGGCCGAGCUGAAGGAGGAGCGGCAAGGCCACGACCAGAUGUCCUCGGGCUUCCAGCACGAGCGACUGGUUUGGAAGGAGGAGAAAGAGAAGGUGAUCCAGUACCAGAAGCAGCUACAGCAGAGCUACCUGGCCAUGUACCAGCGGAACCAGCGCCUGGAGAAGGCCCUGCAGCAGCUAGCCCACAGGGACGGUGCGGGGGAGCCUUUGGAGAUUGACCUGGAAGGGGCUGACAUCCCCUACGAGGACAUCAUCGCCACCGAGAUCUGAGGGGCCUCCUGGGAGAGGGAGAGCUGGGACCUGGCAUUGGAGGCAGGGGUGCAGAGCCUGUCCAGGAGGGCUCCCCUCUCCUGCUUCCCUGCUCAGUAACUGGGCCUCUCUGAGAGAAGCCUGCCCUGACGCAGACCUGGGAUCCUGAAGGGGAGAGAAGUGGAGGGGAGAGGAGGGACUGCCACAUAGCCUCUCUUCCCUUUUCCCGUGGUCCAGUGCUCACCAUUCUGCAGCCCACCAGACCUCUAGCUCUCCCAAGAGAUGGGCCCAGGGGUCUCCAUCAUUUGCUUAAGGUCUCCCUAAACCUUGGCCUUUAUUCAAAUAUUUAGAGAUACCCUCCCCCGGGGAUGGUGGCAGCUGUGGUGAAGGCCAGUGACCUCUCUUCCCACAUUCUCCCUCCCCUGGAUACACUGGGAUGCCUUGGAAAUAGAAAGAAACCAUUGGUUAUCAGAAUCCUUGUCAUAACCUGAGCUCUUCCUCUGGCCAAGGGGGUGCAGGGGUUGGAGUGGGGUGUGGAGAACCUGGCUUCGCUACAUCAGCACUGGCCUGAUCCCAGCAAGCCACAGAAGGGAGGGAGAGCUGGGUAGCCCAGGAGAGUCUACUCAGCAAGGACCACAGGGGGCAGAGGGAGAAGCUCAAGGCCAGACCCUGCAGGUCCUGAUAACUGGAGGUGAGCAGCUCUGGGCAGCUGGUGGCCUUUAAUCUCAGUGACCACUUUUCUUAAAGCCAUAGAUACUGAGGACCUGGGGAGGUGCUAGGAAGGGAAGAUUGAAGGCACCAUGACACGGGGUGAGUGUGGCUUUCCAUUUGAACAAAGGAGAGCUUCCAGAUGGUUCCUGGUGGGGUCUGGAGGCGGGGCUUCCCCGCCUGGUUGAAGUUGGCCAGUGACCACUUUGAACUUGUUUUCUCCCCCAAGAAUCAAGCCUUUGCUGGAUCCAAAAUAACGUCUAUCCGCUGAGGUGGUUCAGGAUGACCUGGGCGGCGGCAUACCUUUUCCCUUCAUAUCGCCAGUGCCAAGUUCAGACAAGAGUCCUUCCUGGUCAGGAGGGAUAGCCGGAGCCCCAGGCAGGGAGAGUGAGAGGCGCAGACACAGCCUUAUGAAGGUCCCCAGGGCCACUGGCUGGCCUCCCUCCACCCUGAGCCCCACAGAGCCCUGACUGUGGAGAAGCCAGAGGCUGCAGCUGCUGGGAGCUGGGCCAGUGCUGGGGAGGCUGCUUUCCUUCCGAAGGUGUGCAGAGCUGGGGGAGGACAGCAAAGGUAGGGUGUCUCAGUUGCUUGUUUCAGAAUUUUUUUUUUUUUCUUUCUUGUGUUUUCAGAAGCAAGCCAGAUCUAGCAGGCAGUCGGGCUGUUCCAUGUGCUAUUUUUGACUCUAGCCACAGCUGCUGUUCUUAGGACAGCCAGCCCUUGCCGGGUUCCUGUGCCUCAUGCCUGCCUGCUGGGAGGGCUCACGGAGGCAAGGGGGAUGGGGGAUGAGAAUGGCUGGGUCAUAGCAGCUCCACACCUACCCCACCCACCUCCCUGACCUCUGACCUUUGGCUACAGCCCUCCCCUACCCCCCACCCCAUGGGAGUGGAGCUGCUCUUCCUGCCCCUGACACUCCAGGACCCAUCAUGUUCCUUCCCUGAGUCUGGGGUGAGGGGAGGGCCACCUUCCCUGCGGUUGGCUCUGCCUUUCCAUCCCCAGGGCUCAGCUAUGCCUGAGCAUUUCUGGAAUUUGAAGCCAUGGCUCUUAGUCAUAAACCAGAUUUAAACCUGGAGUCCACAGGCCAAGAGCCCCUCCCUGCCUGGAGGGCACUACCGCCACUGGGCAUAGUGCAGACCCCCAAUCAAAGAUGUCCCAUUGCCUGUGCCAUGGCCCUUCCUCCCUCCAUUUCCACCAGCCCGUGCCUUGCGUUCUUCCUCCCCGUGAGACUGCCCCCCAGGACAGAGACAGGGGCUGCUGCCCCCUCCCCAGGCUGGAGACACCCCUCCCAAAGAGCAGUCCUUCACCUGAGAAGUGGUGGGUGCUAACUGGGGGAGGUGGGUGCUAACCAUGGCGUGACAGUGCCCUGCACCCCACAUCCCUGCCCUCAGCCAACUCAUGGAUCCCUCCCUGAGCUGCCACGAGCCCAAGGCCCCAGUAUGGCCCACAGUAGCACCAGGGUGCAUCAGGGUCCUGUAACAUAGCAACCUCACCACCCUGUGGCUUUCUUCCCCUCCCUUUGGAAAAACGUCCUUACUCCUCCUGGACCAUGCCAGACCCAGCCUCUCCAGAAAGAGGCUGUGAACAGCAGAGGCUGAGCAGGGACUGGGGAGGUCCGACUGCGUGGGCCUCAGAGCAGGCAGCCUGGCCCCGGCCAGCGUGAGCUCUUCACUGCCCUUCCCUCUUCGCUGCCCUUCCCUCUGAGCACUCCUGCUGGCAUGAGAGCUCACUCAGACCCACCCACUUGCUCCCCAAAGAAUACCUGGCACGAAAUGU